AUGGAUCUGGAGCCUGAACGUUCUCACGAGCACACAGCUGCGGACACAGAAACGGUUCAACCAGAGGGCCCGAGGCAGUACAAAGCUCCCGCCACUCCCACUGUAAUUGCAGCGGAAGUCCGGGAAUUUGCCAAUGGAUCCGUGUGCCUGGAAUGUGACAGCCAGUGUGAGAAGAUGGACGGAAACAGCUUGACGUGUCUCGGCCCGUUUUAA